UUCAGCAAGUCUUAAAAUAUUUCUGGUUUGCUAUCACUACAGCACUGGGGAGCUAAUACAAAAUUUUGUAGUGGCUCUUAACUCAAAACCACAACCGGCUUUUAUAUUAUGUCUAAAUAAAUUGUGCAGAGGUAAAAUACAUUUACUUUUUUUGCUCAGCUUAAAUCUUUAUUCAUGCCUUAAAACAUGUUUGAAUCAUUCAUUUGCCAAGUUAAUAUACUGCGUAAGUUUUGCAGAGGAUGGCUUUCUGAAAAUGUAUUUUACCCUACCUGCAGUUCUGCAAGAAUCAAGAAGAGAUGAAAUUGGAUUAAUACCCUGCCCUGAAGCCAGGUAUAACCGGAGCCCUAUCGUCCUGGUAGAAAACAAGCUUGGUGUGGAAAGCUGGUGUGUCAAGUUUCUUUUGCCAUAUGUCCACAAUAAACUUGUCCUCUACAGACAAAGAAAACAAUGGCUGAACAAAGAUGAGCUGAUAGAUAUCACAUGUACCCUGUUGCUGCUGAACCCCGACUUCACCACUGCUUGGAAUGUCAGGAAAGAAUUAAUACUGUCUGGCACUUUAAAUCCACUUAAAGAUUUGCAUCUUGGAAAACUCGCAUUAACCAAGUUUCCAAAGAGUCCAGAAACAUGGAUUCAUAGACGAUGGGUGCUGCAACAACUAAUUCAGGAAAACUCCUUGCCCAGUCUUGUGACUAAAGGAAACUUGGGAGCAGCACCUGUGGAGAGAAUUCACCGACUAGUGCAGGAGGAAAUGAAUGUCUGCUCUGAAGCUGCUGGGAGAUAUCCAAGCAACUACAAUGCCUGGUCCCAUCGCAUCUGGGUUUUACAGCAUUUGGGAAAGCUGACUGUCAAGGUUCUCCUUGAUGAGCUUUCAUCCACUAAAUACUGGGUAUCCAUGCAUGUCUCAGACCAUAGUGGAUUUCAUUACCGCCAGUUCUUACUCAAGUCCUUGAUAGGCAGAACUGUGACUGACAAUAAUGUACUGGCACAAAAUCAAAUCAUAAAUGAGCAAAACCCUAGCCUUCAAAAGGAGGAGGAGAGUGCAGGGGCAGAAGCUGCCUGUGCAGAGGAGCAGAGCGUGGAUCUCCCCCACCAUUUAGAGGAAGAAUUGGAGCUCUGCACUGAACUGAUUGACAGUUACCCAGGGCAUGAAACCUUGUGGUGUCAUAGAAGGUGUGUGUUCUACCUUCAGCACCACCUAAGCAACAAAAUUCCUCUUCUGAGUGCAGUGGUAUCAUCUGUGGACAGCAGUGAUGAAACUCUGAAUAAUUCCCACCACAGUCCUGCAACAAGUCCCAUGGCACAAGCUAUGGAUGUUGAUGGUUUGAAUGAAUCCAGCAGCAAACAAGGUUAUACCCAAGAAACAAAACGCCUGAAGCGUGCUCCUGUGCAGGACUCUUUUGGUCCAGAAGUGGAAUACCGGUUCAUUGAUAAAGUAUUAUCAACUUGUAGGGAUGCGGACCAAGCCAGGUUUGCUACUGCUUAUAGGAAAUGGUUAGUUACUUUUUUAGGUCAGUGAAGGAAGAGUUUAAAGCCUUCAGGGUUCUUUUAGUGCAAUAUUCUCUUUUUAGACACAAAUGCAUGUCUUGGUUGCAAGUGUUAGCUAACCGUGUGUUUCUCAAUCUUUUAAUGGUCAGUCCUAAAGUUCAUAUUCAGAUUAGAAGUCUCUCACUUUAUUUAUUAAGGAACUGGCAUACCUUUGUAUUAAUCAAAUGCAGUUUGUUCUUUAAUCUUUUUAAGAAAUCACUUUGUCAGCUUCCUACCAUGCCAUUUUCUUAUUUUCUAACUUCUGCAUUAAGGUGGACUCUGAAUCAUUUGGCUUAAAAAAACAAAAAAAAACCACCAAAAAAAAAAAGGAAAAAAGUCCCAAAUGCUUUUGAGACAGCGUGUCUGGAAAAAGAAUAGGAGGAUCUGUCAGUAUCAACUAAACCUGUUUCCAGGUUGCUCCUCUUUACUAUAGUGGCAUCUUGCUGAUACAUUAUUGGAUUCAGACUAUAUUGAGUGCUAUUACUUUUGUAUUAGCAACCUUUCGUAGAACACCAGGCUGCAGUGUUUCUUUCUCAAGGCUCCAACGCUGUUUUCCAACACCUUUUACUAUUAUAACUAUUCUACUAUUGUAACUGGAUUUUUGCUUGCUUAUUAGUUGUCACAUGAAUUUGAUAGGAAUGUCUGUGAAGUUGAAAUCCUGAAAAGCAGAUAGAGGAAAAUGUGACACAAAAUAGUUCAAACACCAUUCACGCUUACACUUACAUUCAAUGUUAUGUUUGGAAAUACUUUUCUUAGAACAGACUGCUUUACCUUUAUUUCCUACUUGGUAUUUAUUUAUUUUAUCUCAACAGUCCAGAAUUAAUGGCACUUGAUACACAUUUCUGAAUGUAUUAUGUAUACUGCAGAAUCUCAGCCUGCUAAACCACACAUCGGUAACUUGUAUUUAACCAAGACCAUACAAGUCCACUAGAUGAUGGGAGUAAAAACUCUUCUGACUGGUCACUGAGACUAUACAAUUUAAAAAAAAGACAGCAGGAGGGAGCUAUCUCUUCACUUUUGUUCUUUUGCAGAGCUUCAGUCUUUGAGGUUUUUUUCAACUCUUCCUUAAAAGCACUUCUCCAACCAUACAUCUCUGUUUACAUUAACUGUAAAUUUUAAGGGAAUUUGAAACACAUUUCUACUCCAGUGAAAUGAAACAUGAAUGGUUUAUUUUGUCAUUUCCUUAGAACUUGUCUAUAUAAGGGAUUUUUUACACUAAUGGAAUUGUGCUGGUCCAAAGACCCAGGGGAGAAACAUUGUACAAGUGUAGAAGCUUGUACAAUGGCAACAUCACCUCUGAACAGACUAUUCACUGAGGGGAUUAGAUUUUCAAGCUAGAGUCUUUGCCAAGAUUGCUUUAUGUUUCUCCUGCCCAAAGUGCCUCCUGACUGUGAUAAGAUUCAAGCUGCUGUUUCUGUUGGGCAGAGAGAGCAACAAUGAGGGAGAAAAAAACCAGGUAGCCUGCUCAAAGGUAUAAUUUGCAAGGAAAAAAGGCACUUGAAACAUGCAGAAUUCCAACAGUUUUAAAUAAUUUGAUGGAUGGGGGUUACUC